AAGGGUUUUACCGGAUGCGCUGCGUAGCAUUCAAGCUAACUUGGAGAGGCUUCGCCUCCUCUCAGUCCACCUCCACAGCAUGCAAAUAACUCAGCAGCUCCGCCACACCGCACAUUGGUUAAGUACGCGGAGCGUGCGGAGGUCUUGACAGAUAGGAGAAGAACAGGAAAAAAGCCGCCUUUUAUUUUAGUUUGUUCUUUUUUCCUUUUAACUACAUCUCUGUUAAUUAUCCUGAAACUUAAUUCAAAUGAACUCCGGAGGCUGCUCAUCCCGGGACUGUCUCAGAAACAGGAGUAAUUGGUGACCCGUGUCAGCCUGAAGAGACACUGGAAGGUUGGAAGGGACAGACGGACCCCCUGUGAAGUUUUUCUCCCCCCUUCGAUGUCUGCCCGUGUUCUCGGACCGGAGAGGCGCCGUCCUCGCCUCCUCGAUGCGGGUCCCUUCGUUUGGUGAUGAAAAUGCGGACUACAUUUUUAUUUUUUUACUGAGUUUUAGUCGACGUCUCAGACCGCAAUGCAGGGCUGUAUCAUUUUCAUCAGCUUGUUCUUAACGGCGGCCCGAUCCCAAGAUAUCCAUCCCUCACAGGCUUCAUCCUCCAUUAGCGAGUCUUGUGACUCCCUGUGCUCAUGUGAGGCGAAAGACGGCAUCCUUCAUCUUAACUGCGAGCAGAGGAACAUCAGCAAAAUCUCCCAAAUCAAAAUCCCGCCAGGCAUCCCCUUCCACCUGAACCUUUAUAAAAAUGACCUGGUCGAGCUUAGGACUGAGGAAAUGGAAGGGCUUAAGGGUGCCCUUUCCCUGCAUGUGGGGGGUAAUAGCAUACAAGAGCUGGAGCCAGGGGUCUUCGGCGCUCUGGGGACGCUGAAAAAGCUCCACAUAAACAGCAAUUUCCUCGUCACUCUGAAAGAAGACACUUUCCAAGGCUUGGUGAAUCUGGAGUUCCUCCAGGCUGACACAAACUUCAUUCAGGUCAUUGAACCGGGGGCCUUCAACAAACUGAUCCGCCUCAAAGUCCUGAUCCUCAACGACAACUCCAUUGAGUUCUUACCCAACAACAUUUUCCGCUUCGUGCCCCUCACACACCUGGACCUGCGAGGCAACAAGCUGCAGACGCUGCCGUACGUGGGUUUCCUGGAGCACAUUGGCCGGAUUAUGGAGCUGCUCCUGGAGGACAACAGCUGGAUCUGCGACUGUGAUAUUCUGCAUUUAAAAAUCUGGAUGGAAAACAUGAGAUCCCAGUCCGCCAUCGGGGAUGUGGUUUGCAGCGCUCCGCAAAACUUGAAGGGGAGUAUCCUCGCUAAAGUCAAGCGGGACGUUUUGUGUCCUUCGCACGCGGAUAUCAACCUAGAGGAGCCCUCGAAGUCGCUGGAUAUGGUUGUGACUCCUUCAUCCAAAGUGUUUCAGAUUCCCAAACUGAACAAUGCCAAAGAUGAUGCCAGGUUCCCAACGCCAUCCCACGCUCCAGGCAGUCCCUGUGCAAGUCACUGCGCCUGUCACAACCACCCUGUGUCUGGCUUUUUGAUGCACUGUCAGGACGGAGGGAUCCAAAAGGUCUCAGAUAUUGGAAUUACUCAGCGCAGUCCUACCAAACUGAUCUUGACAGGAAAUAUGAUUCAGAAACUCUUGAAAUAUGAUUUUGUCACAUAUGACAGUUUGGAGACCCUCAACUUAUCCAACAACAGAAUCGAUUACAUUGAUAACGAGACUUUCCUCAGCUUGAGCAGCCUGAAAAAGCUGUUUUUGAACGGAAAUAAGCUAGAAAAGCUGUUCUCCACUAUGUUUGUGGGACUCCACAACCUCGAGAAUCUUUAUCUGGAAUACAACCUCAUCAAAGAGAUUGCUCCUGGGACUUUUAAUCCCCUGCCAAACCUGAAACUCUUGUCUUUAAAUAAUAACCAGCUCAGUUCUCUUCCUGCGCAGAUAUUUCGCAACGUGCCCCUUGCCAAAUUAAACCUGAGAAAAAACCUGCUCAUGCAUCUGCCAGUGAGCAACGUGCUCGAUCAACUCGACUCACUGGAGCAGAUUUAUUUAGAGGACAACCCCUGGGACUGCAGCUGUGACUUGCUCAGCCUUAAACAAUGGGUGGAGAAGCUGCGGAAAGACACAGUGGUGGGCUCAAUUUUGUGUCACACCCCAAAGAAGGUGAUGGAGAGCGAGCUUAGAAGUCUUCAUCACGAGGCGCUUUGUCCCGGGUUGGGGACCUACCACCCUGUGCCUCCCAGCGACGAGGAGAGCGUAACAGCCACUUUGGGGCCUGACGGGAGCAGCAGGGGUUUGUUCAUUUCCCUCACAGACACCAUCCCGCUUUCUGUGCUCAUCCUGAGCCUCCUCAUCUUCGUCCUCAUGAUCAUAUUCUGCUCAGCCGGGCUGGUGGUGUUCAUGGUGCACCGACGGCGGCGCAGGGCGAAGAAGAAGGCAGCAGAGGAGCAGCCUAACCCCAACACCACCAGCAGUUCCCCCAUCCAUCUGCAUUACAGCAUGUAUGGACAGAAAACCACUCACCACACCCUGACUCAGAGAACCGGGUCGGCCACUCUGUACGAAGACAGAUCGCAUAGCCCUAUUGUGCAGAUCUGCCGCAACCCCACCUACUGCUCCCAACACAAGGAGCACGACAAUUUGGAUUACGACGAAUCCGGCCCAAAGCAUCACAUCUGCAGGAGCAUCAUGGAGAGGGAGAACACGUCUCCGCUGACGGGAAACCCCUGCUCCAAGUUCAGGCCCAUGGGUGGAGAGUGCCCGGCCGAGUUCAUGACUCUCGGGAAUCCCAACUCCUUGUACAGGAACAUUCUGGACAGGGGGGAGAAGGAGCUCCAGCAGCUGGGAAUUACUGAAUACUUCAGGAAAAACAUGCCCCAGCUCCAGCCCUCCAUGGACAUGCAGGGCCCGGGGCACCAGGAGGAGCUGAAGCUAAUGGAGGCCAUCAUGUACACAAGACCGCGCAAGGUCAUGCUGGAGCAAACUAAGAACGAGUACUUUGAGCUGAAGGCCAACCUGCACACCGAGCCGGACUACUUAGAAGUUCUGGAGCAUCAGACUGCAUUUAACUGAGCUGAAGCAGCAAAAAAAAAAAACUGUUUGAACCAAGUGCCUUCUCCUGUUGUGAUUCCCACAGUGUGAAAUAUAUAAAUAUAUAUAGUAUUGGCACAUCUCUUUAACUGUAGCACAGAAUGUAACUGGUUUGCUCUUUUGUUGGGUUUAACGUGUCGACAGCCACCCCAUGUAGCUGCUGGAAGGGCGUCAUAUUUUACAGAAGAGACUGCCGCAAUCCGUCGGGCAGGCCCGGGUCAAAGCCCACUGUGAAAUCCACUCAAUCAGCUUUUUACAUGUGAUUAAACGUCCAGCAGCCAAAUGAAUCGAUCCACGCGGCAACCCUCUCUUUCCACCUCCCGCCCGCUAGGAACGAAGCAGAUGUUUUGGAACCAAGCGAGCGAAUUUCAAUCACUGCUUGACCCAGAAUUUCUGCUUAAUCAGUCUAUCCUGAUUCCGGCCAUGACCUGAUUACACCCUCCGUCAACCUAAGGCAGCUUUCACGCCAGAACCAGAAUGAAUGCUCAUAGUGCCGUAGAGUCAGCAAAUUGCCAAGCCAAUGUUGGAGGGAGUGCGAUAGGAGCGCGGUUCCACUGCUGUCCUCCGGAGUGGGGAUUGAUCCAAAACGAGAGAAACGUAUUUUUUUAUCGGCUGGUGGUGUUCUGAGAAAGCAGUGUCAGUCAGACGAAAAAGAAGCACUUGGAGUUCAGUAGAUAUAUAUAUAAAUAUAUACCAGGAGAGUCUUGUCAAAAGGCAUAGCACUAAUCAAAUGCCAUAAGAUAGUGCAUGACAAUCAACAGAAUCCUGCUGAAACUUAUUUUUGCCAGAAGAAGUGAGCCACUUUCAGUUAGUGCGACAGACCAUGCGGCGACAUUAUUUUAGUUCAGAGAAAGCGGUGGCGAUUGACGUCUAUUGUUGGGGAUUUCUACUCGUUCAUACUCUUGGAGUCCAUGUAAGCACACACUCUGUAGCUUUUCUACUCAACUAGGUUAUUUAUUCUGUAUAUUUUGUAUAUACUUAUGUUCUUGUUCUCUCUUUUGGGUUUUGUGUGCCUUCAGUGCUGUACAGAAUAUAAACAGAAGCUGUAACUGAAACAGGAAAUAAAGGAUUGCAAUAUAAGUGAAAACGGGAGACCGUAAUUUCCACAAACAGAACGAGAAUUUGGCUGCGCUGACUCUCAGCGGCGCGCCUUCUCUGCACUAAUUAACUCAGUAGGCACCUGGACAGAAAAAGACAUUUUCUCUUCGUUAUCAGCCCUCCACAGCGCAGAUGUAUAUUUGCAUGGAUGUACGUGUCCAAACAGCUUUCGGUCGAUUUCCUGCUGCUCCCAUCAGUGGCUACAGACUUGCUCCGGCAUCAAAAAAACUGGCUUUCUCCUUUUGCUAGGAUUUCUGUCUUCUACAAUCACCUGACCCGCAAUCAUUUCCCUUUUUCUAAUUGGAUUCCCCACGCGAGAACACCCAUGACCUCCCAGUUUAGAGUGAUCUAGCACGCAGCGCCGUGUCUAAAUUAAUUCAGACAACAUCCAGAAGUAAAUGUUUAUGAAUUUGUAUGCAGAACAAAAAAAAAAAA